AUGUCCGGUGCAUUUGCAGGGAACCGCACCCUAAACAUACUCCGCAAGGCGGAAGGCGAAGGGUAUGGGAUCCUCACUCAGACUUGCUACGACGCAAACUGUGUCCUAGGUCUCGUUCGCGCCGCCGAGCGACGCCGCAGUCCCGCGAUCGUUAACCUUUUCCCCGUCACGCUUGCCUUUGGCAAGGGUCCCUUCCUCCAGUUCUGUCUGAACGCUGCCCACCAAGCCUCCGUCCCGAUCGCAGUCAACCUCGACCAUGCGACUGAUCCCGAGCACCUCGAGCUUGCCCUCGGUCUUGCAGAGCAGGGGAUUGCGUUCGACAGCAUCAUGGUUGAUGCAAGUCACGCUGAUACAGACGAAGAGAACAUUGCGCUGGCGCGCCCGUACGUCGAGCGGGCGGCAAAGUGCGGGGUCGUCGUUGAGGUCGAACUGGGCCGUCUUGAAGGCGGCGAGGCGGGCCUGCGCAUGAUUUCAGAUGCGAAGCUCACGAACCCUGACAAGGCGGAAACGUUCAUGAAAGGGACUGGUGCCCUGGUGCUCGCGCCGAGCAUUGGAAAUUUGCACGGAGCAUACCUUAAGCCGCCGAAUUUCCGGCAGGACAUUUUGAAAGCCCUGCACGCUAAGUUCAAGGGUGAAAUUCCACUGUGCUUGCAUGGCACUGACCAGCUUCCCGAUGAAUUGUUCAUCGAGUGCAUCAAGAACGGCGUGAGCAAGAUCAAUGUGAACAGCUGGGGCCGCGACCCGUAUGCUAAGGCCCUAGCUGAAGGGCUGCAGACGAAGUCGUUUCCCGACGCGGUCGAGGACGCAACGGAGGUGUUUGCGGGCGUCUGCGAGCGGUUCUUCAAAGUCUUCGGCUCGGAGGGGAAAGCAUAA